GUCAAAAGCGGGUUGAUCCUUGAUUGGAGAGAUCGAAGGAACACACAGGACGAGAGGUAGCAGCCACCUCAGUAGCACGUCUGCAGGCAAACGGAGGAACGGGUGCGGGUUUGGGCAGGCCCGAAGCGCCGAGGCAGAGAGCGCCGUUCCGCCGCCAAAAAAUGGUGAUGGUUGGGAGACGUCUCUCGUCGAUUUUCCUGUGCUGCUGCUGUGCGUUGAGUCUGUGGAGCCAUGGAGUGUUCGGAAUCUCCUACUACGUUAGCAGCUGCAAAGACUUCCUGAGUCUGCCCACGCCAAUGCAAGACGACACGCACGUGAUCGUUCUCGAGAACAUCGCCUGCAAGCUGCCGCGAGCUGUUAUCGUGUCCGGACCGUACGCGUUUCUCGUGUCCUCGGAGUUGGCGAGCCUGACCUUCGAGAAUCUUCGAUUCAGCAUCAAGGACGGUGCGGACUUUUUCUUGAACCUCUCCUCGGACGAAUACCAGGGAACCGUCGCCUUCGUCGGCACGAGCCCACAGCAAUCGCACGGAGGAACUUUCAAGAUCGAGCUCGGGGCGAGCUUGACCUUCGGGGCCCCGGUUAUCUUCAUGGGGAGCUCCGUGGUUGCGGGCAAGCGGGGAGGGGCGAUCUACAACAACGGUUACCUUACGUUCGAGCACUCGGCGAAGUUCGCGAAUUGCAGCGUGGUGAGCGAGGACGGCGAGGCGCCAACAACCCCAACCCUCAAGCCCGGUAUCAGUUUGGACGACGCUUCCGGGCUCCCAGGCACUGCUGCAGCUUUCGCCGAUGCCGCGGUCUCGACGAACGUCGAGCCGGCGCAUCCGGUACCUCACUGGGGCUGUGGAGGGGCCUUGUACAACGGGGAGAGCGCGCAGGCGUCCUUCCAAGACGUGACUUGGUUCAACGACAACAUCGCCGGGGUAGGCAGUGCCGGGGGCGCAGUUUGUAAUGAAGGGGUGGCUUCCUUCUCUAGCCGAACGUACUUCACCGGGAACACUGUACCCGAACACUCGUUGUACGGGAGGGGCGAGGGGGGCGCCUUGUUUACCGCCGCCGGUGCGGUUACGACGUUGGUCCGGAAGGCUAACUUUCGCAACAACAGGAGCGGGGGCGAGGGGGGGGCGAUUUACAGUGCGGGGAUCACGACGCUACAAGGGAGCGGGGUCUUCUACGGGAACAUGGCGUGGGGGUGGGCGUCAGGGCGAGGGGGCCACGUGUUUUCCUCGGGGGUGUUCGAGGUCAAGCGGGACACAUCGUUUAGAUCGGGAAGAGCAUCCCACGAUGGAGGAGCGCUGUUUGUUAGUGACAUCGGUGAGGCUUGUUUCGACGGAGAGCUAGGGUUUCACGGUAACGAAGCGGCGCGACAAUGUCACGAUGUUUACGAUGCGAGCAGCAAGACCGUCUGCCUUUCGGUGGGAUGA